UCUGAAGUCAAAGCUUGGCCUGUGUUAUCAAGAUUUUGGGGGCCUACAAGAAAGCUUCGGUGGGGGGCAGAGAACUGGGAAUACAGAAGAGCAGUCGAUGGCAAGGGCCGGAGAAAGUGACAAAAGGGCCAUCAACUUACAAAGGGGCGAAUUAUCCUGUGAGCGACGAUCGAUCGGUGUGGAUGAUCCGACUUGGCGAACUGCAUUCAUGGUGCGGAUCAUCUCCCAGUUUCCGUUUCCCCAGUGCUGGCUCGAGGCUCAUUUGCGAGCUGAGCUGAGCUGAGCUUCGGGAUGCUGCGAACAGCUCGACUAUGAGGAGCGACGGAAGCAGAGCAUGUGGAAGAUCAGAAGAUUAGAUGGUAGAAGAUAGAAGGUGGCAGAUAGAAAAUUUAGUUCAGUGUGGGCUGAGGUCGAGAGUGCGAGGAAGCGAAGACCCUCCAUGGCGGAACCGUCGAGAGAGACGAGGAGCGAUGAGUCGGUUCAGGAGAGGACAUGGCUUCCUGCUGUGGAUCCGGUGUCGGGAAUCGUGUGGACGACCGACGAACAAAGCUGUGCAGGCGUCGGUGAAUGACAAUGCGCGACAGGUGCAGAGCCUGCGCUUCUUCUCGCCAUACAGAAGCAAGCACUGCUACACUCUGCCGGCGGUUUACAACUCGUCCUACAUCCUGCGAGCCAUGUUCCUGUACUCCAACUUCCAAGCUGCGUCCGACCAGCACAGCUUUGAUGUGUCCAUCGACUCGACCCUCGCCGACACCGUCAACAUCACAUCGGCCGAGGUCGACACUCCUCAAGUAUUCGAGUACAUCGACUUCGCCUCCUCCCCGUGGAUGUACCGCCCAUUAUCUCCUCCCUGGAGCUUCAACCUCUUGCUCCCGGCAUGUACCCUGAAGAUCCGUAUGAUAGACUGUGUAACACCCCCGGCCAAAACGAGCAGAGUCAUCCUCGUUCCGGAUGACAACUUUGACAAGCAGCCGAUGGUGGUGAUGCAGACUGCGAGGCUAGAUUCCACUGUGUGCUGGUUCACUCCCAUUCCGCAGUACGAUUUGCAGAGGACUGCUUAUUACUACACGAAUCUGUUUUCUGCCGAGAUCCAGACCGUGAACGCUACCGAUACAAGGCUUUUGAAUGUGCAGUACAACAAUUUUCCGUGGGGCCCCUGGCUUGUCGAUGUCAGUAGCAGUACUUUUAAUGAGAAACAUAUCUUGGUCAACACCGAGGUUGAAAUUUACACCGGAGGUGUCAAUUUCACUCUGUCCGCUCCGCCUAAUGCGACUCUCGAUCCUCUCCUCAACGCCGCCCAGAUCUACGCUUCGAGGGCAGUCGUCGUUUUGAGAACCAAUGACGUCGAUGGUAGCUCGCAUCUCCUGCCCGUAGCAUCUCUGAAAGUGAGGAAAGCAGCGUCGACAGUGGCUGCGUUGGUUUCGGUAAAAGCUGCUCUCGGCUUGAAUUCGUGGGCCGGUGAUCCUUGCCUUCCAGUCCCCUACAGUUGGGUCACUUGCUACAACUCAUCAUCGCCCAGAGUGAUCACAAUAGAACUAUAGGACUUGAAUCUUGUGGGGACCAUGCCUGAGAGCCUCGGACAACUGACUGCGCUCUCGGAUCU